AUGCUGGUGUUAAACUGUUCUACCAAACUGCUGACACUGGAAAAAAUGCUGAAGAGCCUCUUUCCUGAAUCACUCAAGGUUUACGGAGCUGUAAUGAACAUAAAUCGUGGGAAUCCAUUUCAAAAGGAGGUUGUAUUGGAUUCAUGGCCAGACUUUAAAGUUGUCAUUACCCGUCGUCAGAAAGAGGCUGAAACAGAUAACCUGGACCAUUAUACAAAUGCUUAUGCUGUGUUCUACAAGGAUGUCAGGGCUUACAAACAGCUAUUAGAAGAACACGAUGUCAUCAACUGGGACCAAAUUUUUCAGAUACAAGGACUGCAGAGUGAGUUGUGUGAUGUUUCCAAUGCUGUUGCCAAAGAAAAACAAAUGGAUGUAAAGCAAAUUUCCUUUAAGGCCAUUCAUUUUAAUCCUGUUUCAGCUUCUCCAGACUCUAGCUUGCUAAAGACGUCUCCCCCGAGACUAACCUACCUAAGCGUUGCCGAUGCUGAUCUGCUCAACCGGACUUGGUCUCGGGGUGGCAAUGAGCAAUGCCUUCGAUACAUUGCCAACCUCAUUGCCUGUUUUCCCAGCGUGUGCGUCCGAGAUGAGAAGGGAAACCCAGUCUCUUGGUCUAUGACAGACCAGUUUUGCACCAUGUGCCAUGGCUAUACCCUGCCAGAGCACCGCCGGAAAGGAUACAGCCGUCUGGUGGCCCUCACACUAGCUAAGAAAUUGCAGAGCCGGGGAUUCCCUUCUCAGGGCAAUGUCCUGGACGACAACGUUGCAUCCAUUAACCUCCUGAAGAGCGUGCAUGCUGAAAUCUUGCCUUGUCGUUUCCAUAGACUUAUUCUCACCCCUGCAAAUUUUUCUGGGUAG